AUGUCAGCUUCUCCUCCGAGUGGAGAAAACACAGACGAUGAUGCUACUAAGAAGGUCGCAUAUGCUUUGGUUGGCUUCUCAUUACUUCUAACUCUUAGGGUUGGUAUGAAUGGAGCUCCUUUCUCCAUAAAACGAUUUAAAAUACCUGAGCAUUUAUUCAGUCUUUACGUCAGUAGAGUUCAUAACGCAAUAGAACUUAGUGGGCUUGUUGGCAAUACUCUUGGCACAAUUUAUACCUUUAUCAAAAAAGAAUGUGAAAAGGUAUCUAUAGGAAUUCACUGGUUAUUUUUCUUUAUAAAUGUAGUUCUAUUUUUUGUAUAUGUGACUGGUGGUGAAGAGGGCCAUCUAACAGAUUUUUACUGGGCGUUGGCAUUUUCGGCUUUUGUAUAUGGAAUGAACAUUCCUUUCAGUAUGAAAUUAGGAGGAGAUAAUAUAGUUUAUUUUUUAGCCACCAUUCAAGUCUCUGGUAUAUUUACUUCAGUUUAUCAUUUUAUAUUUUUGAGGUUAUUUGGUAACAAGAGGAAGUAUGACACUGAUUUUCAUAUUAUUACUUGGCAGCUGUUUUUGUCAAUAAUAAUUACAGGAGCAUCUGCUUCAGUUUGGACAAAAGUCUAUGUUGGUAAUGGCGGUAAUGAAACUGAAAAAUGUGGUAAAAACGAAGAUUCUAGUGGUGAUUCUUUUCAUGCAAUAUCACCGAUGAUAAUGUGUAUUUUUGCUCAGGGUGUUGUGUACGUUUUUUAUCCAGCUAUAGCACCAGGUCUACUAGUGGAUUUUAGGCAUGUCAAUAAGAUAGAUCAGGCUCUUCUUAUUAUGGCACCUAUUCCAUACAUCACUAUAGCAAUUCUCGAUGCAACCAAUGAAACAAAGGUUUACUCACCUAAGAAUAAAUGGGAAGGUGGAAAGGAGUAUUGGCAUGGAACUUUGCUAUUUAUUCCAGUAAUGUGUAUUUGCGGAUUUUUAUUUAUCAGGGCACUUCACUAUCCCUAUUCAGGAGCAUCUUUAGCUAUUGUAAAUAAACCUGGUAUGGUUGGUUUCCUUACAAUUUUGUUUUAUGUAAGUCAUAUCGUACUACUUGCUGUAGGAUAUGCUGGUGUAGGGCCAAACUGGAAUUCUACUGGUUCCACUGUAAACGGCUUCCUUACCAAUUUGUCUAUGAUACUACUGAUUUUUCUGGCUGAGGGUUAUAUUAAUGAAUUCAAAAAACAUGAUAGAGCCUAUUGGCCAACAACUGGAUUGUCCAAUAGGAGGGCAUUUGGAUUUUGGUUUGAUAAAGCACUUCAAAAUGGAUUCAAAAAUCUUAUGGCAAUAUUCACUCGUGAUCUUAGAAGAGAUCUGUUGUCAGCACUUGACUAGAGUCAGUCAAUAACAAU